AUAUUUUGAAAAAAGUAUUUUAGGAGUUAUUUAAAAAAUAUUUGAAGUUAACAUAUUUGUUUUGAUUAAACAAGCCAAUAAUAAAAGUUGCAUUAAUUAGUUUAUUGCUUUGUUUGGCGCUCAAAUUGCCCAUGAAAAUCCGCAGAAGUAGCUAGGCCUUCCAUACUUGGAAAAAUCUCUCAAACCCAAUCCUCUUCUGCUUCUCUCUUUACCUUUCCAUCGUCCAUGCCAAGCCGGGGUUUUGCAGUUAUUAAUUAUUGGUUGUUAAUAUUGGUGGAAGAUGAAUCACCUCCAUCGAUACGCGUCCACCCGCUUCGGACGGCUCCCAAAGACCUUCUCAGAGUUGUCAGAUCUGAGGCGGGAAGUUCCAUGGUGGAAUCAAGUCCUUGAUCCUGGAAGCCCCACUCUAACCAAAUGGAACUACAUUAUUCUUUGCACGUGCCUCGUUGCCUUGUUUUUGGACCCUCUCUACUUUUUCCUUCCCGUUAUUGGUGCCCCAGGCUGCAUGCAAAUCGAUCUAGGCUUAGGUAUCUUUGUCACCUUCUUCCGUACCGUCGCAGACUUGUUCUUUUUCAUUCACAUCACCAUCAAGUUCAGGACUGCUUUUGUCGCACCCUCUUCUAGGGUUUUCGGAAGGGGAGAGCUCGUAAUGGAUCGAAAGGCCAUUGCCAUUCGCUACUUGAAGUCCAGUUUCAUCAUUGAUCUUGCUGCUGCCCUCCCUCUCCCUCAGAUUGUCAUCUGGUUCAUAAUUCCGGCAUCGAAAAGUGCAACGGCUGCUCAUGCUAACCAUACACUUUCUUUCAUUGUCCUCCUCCAAUAUAUUCCUCGAUUCUUAAUCAUGUUUCCGAUUAAUCGACGGAUUAUUAAAACUACGGGAGUUGUCGCCAAGACUGCUUGGUCAGGGGCAGCAUACAAUCUCGUUCUGUAUACGCUAGCUAGCCAUGUGUUGGGAGCUUCAUGGUAUGUGUUGUCGAUUCAACGGCAGUACGAAUGCUGGAGAAUAGAAUGUUCAAAAGAGAUGAAUUCCACACAUUCACCCUCAUGUAGUCCUUACUUCCUUGAUUGUAAUACCGUCGGAAAGUCUGCACGGAACGCUUGGCUCAAGAAAACUAAUGUGAUCAUUAAUUGCGAUGCUUUGAAUGAUGAUGACAAAGAUUUUCAGUUUGGAAUGUUUUCUGAUGCUUUUAGCAACAAUGUUGCCUCAUCGGAUUUCCCUGAUAAAUACUUUUACUGCCUUUGGUGGGGUUUGAAAAAUUUAUGGUAUAUAUUUAGUUUGAUUGCAUUAGGUAUUAAAAUUAGUUUUUUUGUUGUUGUUGUUUUUCUAACACCUGCAACAAUUAUAUGUUAUAUAUGCAGUUCAUAUGGACAAAGUAUUAUGACAAGUACUCUGAGUUCAGAAACUUUAUUUUGCAUUAUUAUUUGCAUAUGUGGUUUAGUCUUCUUCUCACAUCUCAUAGGCAACAUGCAGGGCUAUCUUCAAUCUACUACAGCUAGACUAGAAGAGUGGAGAAUUCGACGAAGAGAUACAGAAGAGUGGAUGAGACACCGGCAAUUGCCACCAGAUUUGCAAGACCGUGUGCGCCGGUUCGUUAACUAUCAAUGGACUGCCACAAGAGGUGUUGAUGAAGAAGCUAUAUUGAAGUCCUUACCCUUGGAUCUCCGGCGUCAAAUUCAAAGGCAUCUCUGUCUUGCCCUUGUUCGCCGUGUUCCAUUUUUUGCUCAGAUGGAUGACCAGCUACUAGAUGCCAUAUGUGAACGUCUUGUCUCGUCCCUGAACACCAACGACAUGUUCCUUGUCCGAGAAGGUGAUCCAGUGCAGGAGAUGCUUUUCAUCAUUCGAGGCAAAGUCGAAAGCUCAACAACCAACGGGGGUCGAACAGGGUUUUACAAUUCGAUAACCCUGGGACCUGGUGACUUUUGUGGUGAAGAGUUGCUGACAUGGGCCUUGAUUCCACAUUCAGACUCCAUCAUAAACCUUCCGUUGUCAACCCGAACGGUGAAGUCAAUUACAGAAGUUGAGGCCUUUGCUCUCCGUGCCUGGGAUCUCAGAUAUGUGGCGAAGCAAUUUAAGCGACUGCAUAGCAAGAAACUGCAACAUGCGUUCAGAUACUAUUCUCACCAAUGGAGGACUUGGGGAGCAUGCUUUAUUCAAGCUGCUUGGAGACGGUACAAGAGGAAAAAGCUGGCCAUUGAGCUAGCAAAACAAGAACAGUUGUAUGAUGACAUGUAUGACAUGGACGAUGGGGCUGGUGCAGAAUAUGAGGAUGGCGAUGCUUCAUCCUCGGACCAAGCCAACCAUGCCCAGCAUCUAGGUAUCACCAUACUGGCUUCUAAAUUUGCUAAAAACACUAGAAAAGGAGCAAAGAAGACGGUUUCCCGGAUUAACCAAGAUGAUUCCAUCUUAAAAAUGCCCAAAAUGUUUAAGCCUGUGGAGCCUGAUUUCUCUGCCUUGUAAAUUUGGACUAAAAGUAAGUUGUGAUGAUUAAAAGAUAAUGUGAGAGGUUAGAGUGUCAAUGUUCCUUCAUUAAUUUAAAAACUAUACUUGCUUCAAAAA